AGGUGGUCCGCGGCGGCGCCAUUAAAGCGAGGAGGAGGCGAGAGCGGCCGCCGCUGCUUCUUAUUCUUUUUUAGUGCGGCGGACGAGAGUGGGAGUGCGCGCCACGCGAGAGUGGGAGGCAAGGGGGGCAGGCCGGGGAGAGGCGCAGGAGCCUUUGCAGCCACGCGCGCCUUCUCUGUCUUGUUGUGUGCUUCGCGCGGUAGAGCGGGCGCGCGGCAGCGGCGGGGAUUACUUUGCUGCUAGUUUCGAUUCGCGGCAGCGGCGGGUGUAGUCUCGGCGGCGGCGGAGGCAGUAGCACUAUGUCGGAGGAGCAGUUUGGCGGGGACGGGGCGGCGGCGGCAGCAACAGCGGCGGUAGGCGGCUCGGCGGGCGAACAGGAGGGAGCCAUGGUGGCGGCGGCGCAGGGGGCAGCGGCGGCGGCGGGAAGCGGAGCCGGGACCGGGGGCGGAACCGCGGCCGGAGGCACCGAAGGAGGCAGCGCCGAGUCGGAGGGGGCGAAGAUCGAUGCCAGUAAGAACGAGGAGGAUGAAGGCCAUUCAAACUCCUCCCCACGACACUCUGAAGCAGCGACGGCACAGCGGGAAGAAUGGAAAAUGUUUAUAGGAGGCCUUAGCUGGGACACUACAAAGAAAGAUCUGAAGGACUACUUCUCCAAAUUUGGUGAAGUCGUAGACUGCACUCUGAAGUUAGAUCCUAUCACAGGGCGAUCAAGGGGUUUUGGCUUUGUGCUAUUUAAAGAAUCGGAGAGUGUAGAUAAGGUCAUGGAUCAGAAAGAACAUAAAUUGAAUGGGAAGGUGAUUGAUCCUAAGAGGGCCAAAGCCAUGAAAACAAAAGAGCCUGUUAAAAAAAUUUUUGUUGGUGGCCUUUCUCCAGAUACACCUGAAGAGAAAAUAAGGGAGUACUUUGGUGGUUUUGGUGAGGUUGAAUCCAUAGAGCUCCCCAUGGACAACAAGACCAAUAAGAGGCGUGGAUUCUGCUUUAUUACCUUUAAGGAAGAGGAACCAGUGAAGAAGAUAAUGGAAAAGAAAUACCACAAUGUUGGUCUUAGUAAAUGUGAAAUAAAAGUAGCUAUGUCGAAGGAACAGUAUCAGCAACAGCAACAGUGGGGAUCUAGAGGAGGAUUUGCGGGAAGAGCUCGUGGAAGAGGUGGUGGCCCCAGUCAAAACUGGAACCAGGGAUAUAGUAACUAUUGGAAUCAAGGCUAUGGCAACUAUGGAUAUAACAGCCAAGGUUACGGUGGUUAUGGAGGAUAUGACUACACUGGUUACAACAACUACUAUGGAUAUGGUGAUUAUAGCAACCAGCAGAGUGGUUAUGGGAAAGUAUCCAGGCGAGGUGGUCAUCAAAAUAGCUACAAACCAUACUAAAUUAUUCCAUUUGCAACUUAUCCCCAACAGGUGGUGAAGCAGUAUUUUCCAAAUUGAAGAAUCAUUUGAAGGUGGCUCCUGCCACCUGCUAAUAGCAGUUCAAACUAAAUUUUUUGUAUCAAGUCCCUGAAUGGAAGUUUGACGUUGGGUCCCUCUGAAGUUUAAUUCUGAGUUCUCAUUAAAAGAAAUUUGCUUUCA